AUACUGACUUGCGAAAAAGAUAUUGAAUACUGUAUGACUGUGACAGCGCCCGCCCUGAAUAUUUAUCGGAGCUAUGUCGAAGGAUCUCCCUAAGCUUGAUCCGUUUAGAACAAAGGCAGAAAUAAAGGGGAAGAAGCAGAAAAGGUCCCAAGGAUCUUCACACUAUAGACCGAAAGCACCAACUGAACUAACACGUCUACCGGCAUUUAAAGAUGUCUCUCCUUCCGAACAUCAAGAGUUGUUUGUGAAAAAACUUCAGCAAUGCUGUGUGGUUUUUAACUUUGAGGAUUCAACUUCUGAUGUUAGUAGUAAAGAGAUCAAAAGGACUUUCUUGAAUGAGCUAGUUGAGUACAUAAGCGUAACCAGAAACGCGUUGAAUGAAUCAGUUUACCAACCAAUUGUUUCUAUGAUUGCUUGUAAUAUAUUCCGACCCCUCCCACCCUCUGACAACCCCGACUUUGAUCCUGAGGAAGACGACCCAAUUUUAGAAGCAGCCUGGCCUCACCUCUCAUACGUCUAUGAAUUCUUCCUGCGCUUUCUUGAGUCUCCUGAUUUCCAACCGGUUGCUGCCAAGAAGUACAUUGACCAAAAAUUCGUACUUCAAUUAUUGGAGCUAUUUGACAGCGAAGAUCCUCGAGAACGUGAACUCCUAAAAACCGUGGUUCAUCGCAUUUACGGGAAGUUUUUAGGACUGAGGUCUUUCAUCAGGAAGCAGAUUAACAAUAUAUUUUUAAGAUUCAUAUAUGAAACCGAACAGUUCAAUGGUGUUGGGGAGUUGCUUGAAAUUUUGGGGAGUAUUAUUAAUGGGUUCGCUCUCCCACUCAAGUCUGAACAUACUCGUUUCCUCGCAAAAGUGUUGAUCCCACUUCACAAAGCGAAGUCUUUGGUCACUUUCCAUCCUCAACUUGCCUACUGUAUUGUCCAGUUCUUGGACAAAGAUGCGACUCUCACAGAGCAAGUCGUUCGUGGACUCUUGAAAUUUUGGCCCAAAACAUAUUCUCAAAAGGAAGUUAUGUUUUUGGGUGAAAUCGAAGAAAUCCUGGAAGUCAUUGAGCCUUUGCAAUUUCAGAUUAUUAUGGUCCCUCUUUUCAAACAAAUCGCAAAGUCUGUUUCAAGUUCCCAUUUCCAGGUUGCUGAACGAGCAUUAAGUUACUGGAACAAUGAUAAUAUAGUUUCUCUGAUUGAAGAAAAUCAUGACACUCUUAUACCGAUAUUGUUCCCAUCUUUUUAUCGUAUUUCACGCGAGCAUUGGAAUCAAACGAUUGUAGCUUUGGUUGGAAAUGUUCUGAAAAUCUUCAUGGAAAUGAACUCAAAUUUGUGCAAUCAGUUGACUGAAAAACACAAAGUGGAACGUCAAAGGGAACGUAAACGGGAGAAGGAACGUGAAGAAUUAUGGAAGAAACUUGAGCAGCUAAGGAUGUCUGGUUCGGGCGAUACAUCACUAAACAUUGAUUACAAAAAUAGCUCUACAGUUGUCAAUACCGCUUUCACUAAUGUUCAUCAGCUUGGAGUAAAUGUGACAAAGCGCUAACUGUGGUUUUCCAACUAGUUGUUUCGUGGACUACUAACCAUAUAAUAGUGCGUUUCAUGAUCCAUCCAUCCUAGUAGUUUCAUAAGUCAUUGCGAAAUGAGCUAGAUUCUUUAUUGAGUUAAACAGCGCUGAACAUAUAACUUGGUUUUUGAGUACACCUUGAUCAAUGCAUGUUUGUCCACUCAUAUAUUCAAUGGAUAGGAGUAUAUUCUUCCCUUGAAAUGACUAUUUUACUUUUUAUCUUCUUCAGUUUAGUACGUUUUGUUAUUUAAUGUGACGUUAUUUGUAAUUUCAUGAACUUGGUUUGUAUGUUAACUUUACUAGUAUGAGCGACCGACAGGACAAUAAAGAAAACCAUAUGGUAUUUAACUUGAAAUUUUUCGAGUGGCUUUUCCAGUCUCAUUGAUACCAUGCUCGAUUCAAACGUGAAAAGUCACACUCACAAAACCUUUGAAUUCAUUUUACAUGAUUUAUUGUUUCGAAAAUUUACUCGGUGCUUUUUCUGUUUAUUUAUAUUCUUACAGCAAACCGAGUAAAUGCAUAAAUAUUUUAUGAAAAGCAUUUUCGGGUCUCAAUAUAUCCUUAGUUACAUAUAUUUUUUUCAGCAAACGCUUAAUAAUUUUAGCUCCAUGUAUAUCGUGUUUAAACAUCCAUUGAGCCUGAAUCCUUUUGCUCUUUUAGCUUUAGCUGUUUGCGAAGUUUGAAAAUGUUGGGAGAUCGGAAUUCCAACUGUUCGUAGAUACUGCAAAUUAAAG